CGUAAACUGGAAAUACUUACUGUAGACUCCGUACUUGGUGGCUCGUCAACAUGUACAUCACCACCAACCAACGAAUCGCCCGCGACCAUCAAGGAAGCUCUCCUUCUUUUUCUCACUACUACUGAUAGACACUUGCACACUCAAGCACCCUUGAAUCAUUGAAAACAACCCCUCCUCUUCGCCACCUACUCAUCUCUUUCUUCACAUCGCUACUACCACAUUUGGUCAAAAAUCUUAUACCGGCUUCAACAUGGCAUCACAAGACCCUCCCUCACAGCAGGUCAAUGAGAUCUCCCACCAACAACGCUUCUUUCACUACUUCCAGCAAGAACUCACAGCCCUACAAGAACAGAUGGACCGUCUGGGAGACACCGCUCUCAUCGGAGGCGAGAGAUCAGACGCCACAGACCACUGCCUUGCAGGCAUCACGCGACUCUCGAGCGAGGUCAAAGACGCCUCAGGCUAUCUUCCUGCCUAUGACCAGAGAACAUACGCUGAGGCCAUCAAAGCCCUGCAAGAAAGACUGGAGGAAACCAAAAAGACAUUUGCCCCAAAGCCAAAGUUUUCAUUCAAAUCUACCCACAAGAGUCCCUCCGCUCUGUCGUUAAGUGACGCUGCAGAAAUGGCGGAGCAGAAACGACGCACUAUUCCUGGUUACCUCUCGCCCGGUUCUCAAACCUCUCCUAGUUCCUCUUUUGUCAACACCCCCGGCGAUACUGGCACACCCCCCAAUGAUACGUCGUCACCCCACCAGAACAGAUUAUCUGGAGACAACGACGACAACGACGACCAUGAUGAGGCCCAUUUGUCAAUGGGUGGCCAGGACCGUCCUUCGCUCUCAACCACAGCCACGUCUGUCUCCAUUUCUAACCAGUCGAAUACACAUAUCAUCCUUCCAUCCUCGGCUCCCCACGCACAAACGCCCUGUUCCCUUCGACGACUUUCCAACGUCGUUCUUGAUCUCUCAGUCCCCAGUGCCGUGGCCAGGCCAUUUGCGAGCCUCACCAUCAACUCUGCCCACUCGUCCCUUCUAGUUUGUGGCUCCGUCACAGGUCCAGCCCACAUCACAGGCCUAAAAAAGACGAUUCUCGUCAUCAAUUGCCAGCAAUUCCGCAUGCACCAGUGUCAGGACGUUGAUGUCUAUCUCCGCGUGUCCAGCCGGCCCAUCAUUGAGGAUUGCCGGGGGAUUCGUUUCGCACCCUUCCCCAAAUUCUACACGGAUCUCCUGGCCUCGUCCUCCACCUCGGCCAAUGCCUCCAGCCCGUCCGAGCUGCCCAACUUAUGGAAUCAGGUAGAUGAUUUUAAAUGGAUCAAAGCCGACCCAUCCCCCAACUGGUCCAUUCUCCCCAGCUCUGACCUUGUCCCUGACAAGACUUGGCGCGAAAUAGUGCCUGGCGGGCCUGGCUGGACUGUCGCCACCAUCCUCAAAGCUGUUGGCCUAGGCACCUCAUGAUCGGUUCACCAUAUCCAGCAUCUACCAUAUGUACAACUCUCAGUAGACCCAGGUCCAUUUGCUGGUCAGCACUACGAAUGAUUGACGAUUUUUCCAACCCCCAAAAGGCCAGAAAAUCGUGGAUUCAAACAAUUGGUGUCCACGCGUCGUCUAGGCACUGGAAGACUGAUGAGAAAACUAUUGAUACAAAUAUCUACCUAUGAGGCAUACAAGGACAGACUGGGAUGCCGAAGUCGUCAGCAUGCUACGAUUGUGGCAUGGAACAGUCUCGACAAGGGCCAGUGGCCUUAUGUGUAGUCCCCUGCUUCCAGCCAGACAUCCAACAUGCUUGAGCCGAAGGCCCCGCGUCCACCGGCUCUGGCGGGUGAGCUUCUACCACGUAAUCCAUGAUUCGAGACAUUCGCAGAACGGCGAGCUGGGUGUUUCUAAGCAUUCCAAGGCCCCGGGACUCAAUGCGUCGUCCCUGGCAUCCGGGUUCCAGACCAACACUCGAACCCGGUACCGCCCAUUUCGCCGUAUCCGUCUUCU